AUGCAUAAGAUGAUACAUAUGAUUAAAGCUCCUAUUAUAAUUCUUCAAGAAACAAAAAUGAUGCAUUGUUCAUCUUUGGACAUUAAGCAGAUUUGUGGAUACAAGAAUGUUGGCUGGACUUUACAACAAUCUGUAGGGAGCUCGGGUGGUAUGCUAAUCCUUUGGGAUAGUGAUUUUGUGGAAGUUUCUGACUCACUCGUUGGUGAUUAUACUCUUUCAAUGCUCUGUACAAACAAGUUUGACAACUUUCAGUGGGUUCUCACGAAUGUUUAUGGGUCGAACAAACCUGUUGAGCGAACUGAUUUUUGGAUUGAGCUUGAUAAUAUUUGUAGAUAUUGGAUCAAUCUUCCUUGGUGUAUUGGUGGAUACUUCAACACAAUAACCAAGUGUGCUGAGAAGAAGAAUUGCAAGACGAUUACAAGAAGUAUGCAGAAGUUCAACCAUUUCAUAGUUGAACAUGACCUGAUUGACCUGCCCCUAAAGGGAGCAAGAUACACUUGGUCAAAUGGUCAAGCAAACACGGUAAUGUGCAGAUUAGACAGGUUUCUUAUCUCCCCAUCCUUUGAACAACACUUCCCGUUUGUUACCCAAUUAGCCAGACCCACCUCUGAUCACAUCCCACUCCUUUUAGAUAUUUCCGACCCAUCAUGGGGACCUAGUCCUUUUAGGUUUGAAGUUAUGUGGUUCUUGGAGAAUGGAUUCUUACAAUUAUUAGAAGAUUGGUGGAUUUCUUUUUGUUUUGCAGGUACUCCUAGCACUGUUCUAUGGUUGAAGUUAAAAGCACUUAAAGAGAAGCUAAAAAUCUGGAACAAAGAGGUAUUUGGUCACACCAACACGAGGCUGAAUGCUAUUCUCUCUGAUAUUCAAACACUUGAUGGACUUGUGGAAGAUAAUAUUCUUAAUGAAGAGGAGCGGAUUAUGCAACUUCAGAACAAAGUGGAGUUUGAGAAGAUUUGA